GGGGGGGAGGGGGCGUGGGAGGAUGGGGGGGGUGUGGAGGAGGAGGAUGGAGGAUGAGAUGCGGGAUGAAUGAAUGAAUGGACUGGCUGGCGGUUGGCGGUUGGGUUUGGCUGUGCGAUUUUUCGAUUGUCUCGCUGUGCGGCUGCCCGGCCGGAGCACUGCCGCUCUCGGAUAGUUUAUCCGGCCUGCCCUUUUCCCCUCAUAUUCUCCACUUCUCCAUCUCCCUCCCUAACAUGGACCACCACGGUCGGUAGGAAUAGUAUCCAUGGGAUUGAGAUGCAUUGAAAUGGUCCAAGAAUUGUUCGGCAUGGUUCAGAAAUAGUGCACGAACAGGUGAUGCCACGGGUCGAUCCACGCCUAGAACCCGUACCUGAAGCGGAUCCGCUGGGAGGA